CAUACAGUUCCCUGACGACGGAACAUGGCGGUGGACGAGUCUACCUGGUUAGUUAUCAACAACUGUCAACCAUUGAAGGUCGGAACAGAAGUGCAACACGUUAUACGUAGAACUAAAGUGCAACACUUCUGAGAAACAGUAGACAGUACUAUGGAUGAACCUGCUUGAACUAUCUAAGGAGAUAUAAGACAGAAUAGAGACUGUCAUUGGCUGUGUUAUACUAGAACUUGAUUGAGCAGUGACAUUUCAUAUUGCAUUGUUCGUCUGAUGACGAGAUAUGCCACUCCGAUCAAUCCCUGAAACCAAAGCUAGUAGUCUGUCAUUAGCAAUACUGAGCAUGUCUUCCAAGAAGUGAGGUGCACAUCAUGAGUGAAUCAGUGGCCAAGAUUUUGAGGGAGCGGGAACGUCGGCCCGGACAGCGAGAAGGCGAAACGACGGGUCAGUUCCUGUGGCGAGUACUGCGGGAGUCCAUCCGUAAGACCACACGGGAGGUGGCCCGGGCUGACGCAGCCGAAGUCCACAUUGGACAUGGAGUGCAUCACUUGCGUAAGAUCAACCAUACGGAGCCUCUGAUGGAUGUGAUGUACAACACAGAAACAGAGGAAUACUUGACUCUAGACUGCCAUGGUAUCAACCUAUUUCGUAAGGAUGGACGGAGCAAAGAUCAAAUCGAGCCAGAGGAACCGAUUGAGAAGCUUGCAUAUGCAGCCGAGGUCAAGCGUUAUGUUGGCUGGACAACUGGUGAAGAGUACCUCAAGAUGUUCAGCAGGGACUUCGACUUGAUUUCGGAGGCCAAGGCACCACACAAGAUUUGCUGUGCAUUGUACAACGAGCAGCAGAAUGAGAUAGUCACUGCAGGGCAGGCUUCCAUAAUGUCUUGGUGUUUCCGCUACGGGGCUAAACACCUCAUCCCCAAAAAAUCCAUCGACCCUACGGGACUGACGCCAGAGGACAUCUUCACCAUGAUAGCCCUGGAGAAGACGGCCAGUCGAGCCCAGCGCUGCUUUGCCGUCCACGAUGCCGGGGUGGCGAUCUUCAAUCUAUAUGAGGGACGGCUCCUGUCAUAUAAAAAGAACCUCCAUGUUAGGAACAUCACAAGCUUGCUGUUCUUCAACCCUUUGAAGCAUCUAAUCACCGGUGCCCGGGAUGGUUCCAUCAAGGUCUGGGACGACUCCUGGCACCUGUUGUUGGUGUUUGUGGGGCACGGUGCAUCCGUGACUGCCCUCUGUGCCUACCCCUACGGUCCCUACAUCGUCUCGGCGUCCCACGAUUGUACCCUGCGAGUGUGGAGCUUGGAAACUUGUGAUGAAGUGGACAUGAUUGAAACUGAUGAGCCAGUGGAAGGACUCGGAACGGUGCUACAAAAGGAUAACAUCUACUCCUAUUCCUUGACAACUGUAGACCUAUGGCGGCUGCGACAUGUCCAUAAUCUCUUCACAGCAGUGGGGAGUAAAGUGUCAAAAAUAACAACCACAGAUCAUCCAAAUAUGCCGACAAGAGCCGUGUGCGUCAGUAGAGAUAGCAGUGUUCGGAUCGUUACGCCCGGCUCCGGUGAUGUACUGACAUCGUUCCUUGCUUCCACCACGCAAGGCAUCCUGGAUGCAGCUUACGCGGCUGCCGAGAAUAUUUUGUUUGUCGUCUGUAAGACCGGCGACAUCAUCAAAGCGGACACUACAAAGAACCCAGCCAAGGUUCUUCGAGUCUGGAAACAUGACAGCCACAGCGAGAAGGAGUUCCUGAACACCAUUGCCCUGUACGAAUAUGUCAUCGAGCCCACGCAGACCCCCGAGUCGCGCUGGAGUCGGAACAAAUCCAGGAAUCGAACCUUGCUGAUCGGGGGGCGUAGAGACGGCAACGUAGCCGUACUGCACUGGAACACAAUGGAAGUGGUUUUCAAAGCUGAUGCUCAUGGCUUCAAGGGAGUGCUUGGGCUGAAGGCUAGCCCCAAGAAUGACCUCCUGAUAUCGACAGGGUUAGACUAUGGCAUGCUGUACAAUGAUAAUGUCAUCAAGGUCUGGCGAGUCUUCCCAUUCGCCGAGGAAUCCCUGGCUCCCCUGAUGUCAUUCUACUGUGCCCACACCCCCCUGCACAUGUCCGUCAUGCGGACCACGCUGUGCGUGGCGUUCCAGGAUGAAUCGUCGGCCACCUACAGCAUAGUGCACUACAACCUCCAGAACAAACAGAGGAAUGAUCACAGUCCGGAUCAAGACCACAUUGACAACAUCACAGGCCUCGCCUGCAAUCCACGCAUGGGAGUCUUUGCCUCCUCUAGCACUGACGGAACCAUCAAGAUCUGGGACGAGGACAACAAAUUGAUCAAAUCAAUUAAACUCAACGCUGAAGCGCUCAGCCUGAGCUUCUGUAGUCAGAAGGGCGACCUGUUAGUCGGAAUUGGAAACCACAUCCACCGAAUAGAUCAUGCUAGUUAUAUGCCAAGAAUGUACUUGAGGAAGAUGGUUUCCAUGGUGUUUCCUGAGAUCCCCUCAGAGACGCCCAUCCCGCUGGAUACGGACAAGGUCCGAGCGAUGUCGCCACUAAGCAACAAAAGACUUAGGGCUGCACAUUCUUCUGUUUUUAAGUUUGACCAUUUUGUGGAUGUGCUGACCGAGGAGGAAACAGAAGAAAUAACAAAGGAAAAGAAACUGAAGGAAGCUGCCUUUACGUUGCUGGAUGCCAGAGAAGGUGAACUCCGUAAGCUCCGCGACGGCACCUUUGAUGAGCUUCCAAAGAAGAAAGCGACCAUCCCAGCUACCAAAAUCAAGAGAGAAGCUUUCCGCCAGUACUGGAACAUAGUCCAUCUGGAGACAGAGCACGAGAAGAUUUCGGAUGAGGACAACUUCAACCCAGAUGCUGGGGAUGACGACGAGGAGUCCGAAGCGUCAUGGAAACCAGAGAGGGAGCCCUCCGGGUUCUUCCCGCACCCCUCGACGGUCCGCCGUCCCCCGAAACCGUCAGAGCUGCCACGAGUCUUUGAGACGCAGCUGAGGGAAGAAGAUUAUGAGGAUGGAAUCCGGGCGACCGUGGAACGUAUCGAGGCGCAGAAGCCGGUACCCCAACCCCCACGCUUACCCAUCAACCCUUCAGGGUUCAUUCCCAACUCUGUCUUAAUCCGUCUUCUCUGGCCUCCGGAGGAGACGGAGAAGAUGAAGGAGAAGUACAAACCGCCGACGUUGAGUGAUGACCAGCUGGCUCAGAUUGCCUCAAGGAGAAGGCCCAAGUCAAUGGACAGCCCAGAGCGGGUCAUAGUUUGGAGUGAUGAGGAGGAGGAGAAAGAAAGGACACCCAUCCUCACUCCAGAGCCAGAAGACACAGGCACACCCAAGGCUUCCCUCUUGGACAAGUUCAACAUUGACAUCGCCCCGACGCCUAAAGACAUCCCAGAUCAGGAGCAAACUCCCACCCCACCUCAUACCCCGACCCCAGAGCCCAAGCCCGAGACCCCCAAAGAGACACCCAAGCCGCCCCCAAAGCCCAAGGUGCAGAAGCUGCCUAAGCCGGUAGUGAAGGUCGUGCCACCCAAGCCUGCCACGCCCAGUCCACCCCCACCUCCUACGCCCUCACCCCCUAGGCCCCCCACGCCCCUGCCUUCAUUCAUCUCGCAGUUCAAAGGAGCAGACUGGUUUGAGGAGUACUUCCCAAAUGCAACCAACAAGACAUUCCCUAAACCCUGGACGGUCACCGCCUUCGUCACCAUGCUCCUCCGCCUGCUCAAAAUCGCAGACUACGCCAUGAAGACGCCCAUCUUGGAAGCCAUCAUCAUGCUGCACCAGCAGGACUCGCUGGCCACCACCAAGGUGGUGGUAGACACGUUGAUGGGGGUUCUGAACAAGAGCAGCCCUCCGACUUGCCAGGAUGAGGACGAAAAGGGAUUCAUCCUGAUGGCCUUGAAGGCCUUGCAGGCCAUGAGCAAUCCAGACACCGAAAUGAUCGUGGAGCUCAUUGUUCAAUUCCUGGAGGGCGAUAAAGAAGUCAGGGAGUUGGUGCAUGACAUCUUCCUGGUGCUAGGCCUUCAGGACAUGCACAAUUACUUCUUCAAGGAGUUAGACAGCUGGGAUGUUUGGAGUGUGGAUGAGGAAAAUCGAAAGAAGGAGCUGAAUGCGAUGGCCAGGCGCUGGUUGGAGAAGUGGCUCACACUCUUCAAGAGUCACCUGCGCAAGACAAUCGAACAGCUCAAGAAAGGUAAAGUGGCUGGCAACAUCCAGCGUCGCCAAGCAACCAAGGUCACUCCACCGUCUGAGUCACCGACCAAGGGAAUUCUGAAGAACAAGGGGGAUCAGGGGGAUGGCUCCAAGCCAACUUCCUCAAAGUCCGAGACUCGAUCAGAGUUCUCCCAUGGCAACAGUGACUCACCAGUAACUGAGAGCUUCUUGCAGUCACAGCAAUUAACAGUCACCUUUGACAUGCCCCCUGACCUCAGUACCGUGGAGAACGCCCAGCCCAUGGAGGCCAUCAACUACUUCGUGGAGAUGGAACUGGAGAAAUACAUGGAGAGGAUGCGGCUGGCCGCAGCACGAGAGCAAGCAAAUAAGGAGGAACCAGAAGAUAAGAGGAACACCGUGCUGGUACUACCUAAGAUAAGAAGGAUGAAGAAGAAAAAGCGAACACCAGAGAGAAUCAGGAAAAGUAAACCAAGCCUGGUGCGUCUAGGCGAAACUCACACCAGUCACUGCAGACCGCACAGAGAGACAACCUAUGAAGCUGAUCUGCAUCUUCCGCCCAUUGCCUCAGCCCGACGAUUCGACGUCGAUGGCCUGUACAACUUCACCACCAAGGUGGACCUUCCCAUGAAGACCCUGUAUAUGAACCCGUUUCCUAGCCCCAUCGAUGCCUACGAACAGCUCCACCAACCCAUCCUCCUGACACUGAAGUCAGCCCAGAAGUACUUCAUCCCGGGACAGUCCAUCGUCAGGGAGGAAAACUUCAGGUGAUGUCCUUGACGUCAGUUCAAGGAUUAGGCACACCCAUCGAAACCUGUGAUUUUCUUUGAGAACAAAGUGAAUAGGAUUUGGGUGAGGAAAGACUGGAAACUAUUUUUAAAAACGUUAAUAAACAAUACUUUAGCACUGAUAGUUUGGAGGCGGGAAAGGUAUAUUUCACUCACCAAACAGUUCCUCGUUCCAUUAAAUCAAUCCACUAAAAAACAGCCCAAAACUGACUUUCAGAAAGUUUGAUCAAAAAUCACGUACGCUGAUGGUAUGACCUAGGUUUGAAAAGAAAACUGCCCUAUUCCGUGCCUUCUUGGAAACAAUAGUAUGUGAGAAGUCACGUCAUUUGUCUUUUUUUCACUCUGUAUUGUAUAUGCUAAGAAAUGUCAAAAGCCAUGUUAAUACUGAGCAAAAAGUGGUUCGUCCUAUAAUUGAAAAUGAAACAAAGCAAUAAGCUUCGAUUAAGAUUUUGAUGAUCUUUCCAAAAAAAUGUAAAACCGCUUGGAAAGAAAUAAAAAUGUUCUUCAGGUGUGGGAGAAAAUUUUGGAUUAAUAACUAAAUUCUUAUUAAUGAAUAAAGUCUUAGUAAAAUUUGCUGGAAUCAAGAGUAAUUUUUUGUGUGAGAUGGGAGGCUAUGUUAAGAUAUUUUUAGAGAUCAACCUACCUCCACAAACUUAUAAAACCUGAAGUUUACCUGUUACAGUUCAUAUUUAAAGUGCUUUAAUGAAAGGGAUAUUUUUGAACAAAUCUCAUCGAUUUAUAUUCAUCAGGAUGAAGCAGAUCAAUAAGUUAGCCCUUCAGAUCUGUGGUGGGCGCUUUAUUCUGUAAAUAAACGUGAGAGUUAUAAGAUAUACUAGCAAAGUGGAACAAAUGAAGAACUUCUGCUUUGAAGUCAACUUCCAUGCUCUAUGUAUUGUGCAGAGCAAAAUAAAUCCGUCCAGCUUUUAAGGUGUGAAUAACUUGAUUAAAACCUUUCCAACAGGCUCUGUAUUGUGUAUUUAUAUUGUAUGUGCAGUUUUAAUUUUGCGCAAAAUUGUUAAACUCGCAUCCUGCAUUUGUACAGCAUCAGUUGUUGCUGUGAAUAAAUAACUUGUAUGAAUAAAGCAA